ACAUGUGAACACUUCAGGGAUGGUGAUUGUCAGUGCCACCCUGCCCAUGGAGAAACUUUUCCCAAUAUCCAACCUAAACAUCUCCUGGCACAACUUGAGGCUGUUUCCUCUGGUCCUGUCACUUGUUACCUGGGAGAAGAGACUGACCCCCACCUGGCUACAACCUCCUGUCAGAGAGAAGAGCAGUGAACAGAUCUUCAGAGGAUUCCAGAUGUGUGCCCUUAUGGAGAGAACAUUCUGCCCCUGCUGGAGCUGUGUGGCUAUAAGGAGGCCUUGUGGAGCAAUGCAGGCGCAGUGCCCCUGCUAUGCUGGCUGCGGGCGAAGGCAUGGCCGCUCCCUCGCUCUGUGCUGCCGCCACGGCGGCCUCUCCGCAGCGCCACAAGGUGCCCGCCUUUGGCGACAGCAAAAGCACGCCCUGCUCCUUCUCAAUUGAGAGAAUAUUGGGGCUGGAGCAGAAAAAAGAUGGCAUUCCAGCUGGGAAACCUCACAGACCCUGGGUGGAUGCAUGCACCGGCUUGGUUUUAGGUGAUGACAGUAAUCCCCAUCUGCAAAUCCCUGUUGUUUGCUAUGAAAAUCCAUUAUUUCAUGCUAGAAGUGAUCCAGUGCAAGAGGAAAACGUUUUGAAAUGUGAAAAAUAUUUUUCAGUCACUGAAAGGCUGUCUUUCAAACGAGAAUUGAGCUGGUACCGGGGUAGAAGACCAAGAACUGCAUUCACUAGAAACCAGAUUGAAGUCUUGGAAAAUGUUUUUAAAAUGAACUCCUACCCUGGCAUUGAUAUUAGAGAAGAGCUAGCUCGCAAAUUAGAUUUAGAUGAAGACAGGAUCCAGAUCUGGUUUCAGAACCGUCGUGCAAAGCUGAAAAGAUCACACAGAGAAUCUCAGUUUCUAAUGGUGAAAAAUACUUUCACCUCCAGCCUGCUGGAGUAGAAGGAAGGAUGGUUUGCUGUUACUGUACUGCUACAGA